UUCUAUUCUACUGAACAUUCGUCUGUCGACACAUGUAAAGGACAUACAUUGUUAAAAAUCUGUUGGUUGAGAGUGUUUAAAAAAUUUUCCACUGCCACGAUGAGCGAGAUUCGACAUGACUUUUGGGAGGAAGAGAUAUUCCCAUUGUAUGAAUCAAUUGAUUCGAACAUGUUAUCAACGCUUAUUCAAAGAGUCGAAAAUUUGAAGAAAGAUUUCUCAUACAUAGAAGGUGAAUUGAUAAAGUAACAAAACAAAAUCACAAAAGUUCCAAGGAACAUGCCAGGGAACAUAAAAUAGUUCUAGAUAAUAUGACACGCACAAUUUCUGACAAGCAACAAAACACUGUUAUAUCUGAGAAAACCGGUUAUACUAAAGCUUUUGACAUAUUUUAUGACAAAUUGAAGGAAGAAAUUUCGGAGAAACAUAAAAAAAUAGAUUUGACAAAGCAAGAAAUGACGGAUACGCCAAGAAAGAUCGAAGUUAAAACUCAGUAUGAUAUCAAGUUACAGCAAUUUUACGAGAUACUUUAUCAGAAUGAGAUUAGAAGAAUUAUUGGACAACUUGAUGAUCAUGGCAAGAGAUACUUUCCCACAGGAAUUAUAGAGGAAAAAAAAAUUAAGAGCAAAUUACAAAGUGCAGCUCGCUACAAAAGAAGAAUACUUAGUCCAUCGAUUACAUCUAAUAAAUAUAUUUUUAACCUUCGAAGAACGCGUGCUGUCAUUGAAACUCAAAAGAGAGCAUUUUACAACAAAUAUGAAAGCAGGCGUCGAGAUGCCUAAUUUGAUUAGAACUGAUAAUGAACUGAGCAGGCUAAGAAGGGAUUAUGUGUAUCUCAAGGUUAAUCACAAAAUGCGUCAUAUUGAGAUUUCUUAUAGUUUUAUGUACCUUAUAAACUAUUGCUUGCUCCACGAAAAGGCAUAUAAAAAAGAAAAGAUUAUUAAGUUUAGAAAUUUCUACAUGCGGAAAAUUGAAAAAAUAAAAAAGAGUUUAGGUCUGAAAAAAGAAGAAAUGGCCUUUAAUCUCCAGAUAAAGCAAGAGGCAACGAAUGUGGAAACGAAUGACACCGAGACAACUAAUAUGUCGGACAAGAGCGAGAAUGUAAAGAGUAUGUUAAUGAAGAGAAACGAAUAUCUUCAGAAUUUUGUGAUGGAGAACUUCAAUAAAAUUAAAAGAAUUCGUGAUGAACUUACCUUGUAUAACGACUCAUACAAAUUAUCAAAUAUCGGUACAGACACGAAUAUAAAAACGGAUUGCGUUGACAAGACCAACAUGCCAAGGGAAAUUGUAAUAAUAUCUAGCGAACUGCCAAAAAACAUUCAAGCUUGUCAAGUUGAUAAAGCAAAGUUUCAAAGAAAGUUUAUUGAUAUGUAUAAUAAACUCAAAAUGGAUCUCAGCAGUUAUGAUAUCUUAAAUUAUAACGUAAAGAUAGAUAUGAAACCGGAAUCCUACGAUAAAUCUACGCAAAUACAUGACGAGCUGAUAAAAGAACGUGAAUAUCUUGGAUUCAUUGCUACGAAGCAUUUAAAAACGAUUAGGGAAGUAUGCGCUUUGUUUGAAAUUCAUUUAAAUAGAUUCAAUGAUAAUAUUGAAAAUAUUACUGAGUGCAAUAAAUUCAUGAACCAAGAAAUUUACGUGGCUCAUCAAAUAUUUGUACUAGAAGGUGAGAUUUCUCAACUAAAACAUGAAGUGUUAGAUUAUAAAUGUUGGUACAAUAGUAAUAAAUAAGGACAUAUGACGUGUAUAAUGUUUAGUUUACAAAUAACUUGAGACAACGGCAAAAUACAAAAUCUGAAAACAAUGUGAUUUCUUCAUGCUCACUAAUUUAACAAAUCCAACGCUAUCAUAUGGUUUCGAUAAUUAUAAAAUUAAAUAGAUAGAACGAAGUUAAUAUUUUUGCGUGUAAUUAUUGUAUCAAUUCUAUAAUUUGUUAUGCAUCAUAAAGGCUAUUUUAAUAAUUUUUAUAUAACUAAUUUAGAUGUCAUUAAAUCUACUAAAUUAAAAUAACUAAUCAUAAAGCGUAUGUAUGUAUUCACUUUAACGUCGCUCAAUGUGAUCUAGUUGAUGCAUAUGAUAAGAUGAUGUUUCUUGCAUUUUUGGCAUAUUUAAUCAACACAAAUAUUCUGAAGUUACUAUGGAUGUAUUCGAUAGAUUUUAAUUGUGAUCAUGUAAAUUUCGAUAGACAUUUUUUUCUGAUAAGUGUUAAAAGUAUAUUGAUGCAAAAUAAUUUAACAAUUAUAUCUUAAAUAAAAAUUGAUAUAGUAUUGUCUAUUCAUAUUAUAAAAUCUAUUGUACCAAAACUUAUAAUGUUCAAUUUGUGAUAUUUUUAUAAUAAAAUUUGCCACUUUAAUUAUCUUAAAAGAUGUCUAUUCUCUUUACUAGUUUAGAAUUUUGUAUACACAUAAAUAUAUAUAGACACGCGCACAUACAAUAUAAU